AUGGCGGCUGGGACCCUGUACACAUUUCCAGAAAACUGGCGGGCCUGCAAGGCCCUCAUCGCUGCUCAGUACAGUGGGGCUCAGAUCCACGUGCUCUCCACACCACCCCACGUCCACUUCGGCCAAACCAACCUCACCCCCGAAUUUCUCCACAAAUUCCCUGCUGGCAAGGUCCCAGCAUUUGAAGGUGAUGAUGAAUUCUGUGUGUUCGAGAGCAAUGCCAUUGCCUACUAUGUGAGCAAUGAGGAGCUACAGGGAAGAACCCCAGAGGCAGCAGCCCAGGUGGUGCAGUGGGUGAGCUUCGCGGACAGUGACAUAGUCCCCCCAGCCAGUACCUGGGUGUUCCCCACCUUGGGCAUCAUGCAUCACAACAAGCAGGCUACUAAGAACACCAAGGAGGAGGUGCAGCGAAUCCUGGGCCUGCUGGAUGCUCACUUGAAAACCAGGACUUUCCUGGUGGGUGACCCAGUGACCCUGGCUGACACCGCAGUCAUCUGCACCCUCUUGUGGCUCUAACAGGUCCCAGAGCCUUCUUUCUGCCAGGCCUUCCCCAAUACCAACCGCUGGUUGCUCACCUGCAUUCACCAGCCCCAGUUCCAGGCCGUCUUAGGGGAGGUGAAGCUCUGUGAGAAGGUGGUCCAGUUUGACGCUAAAAAGUUUGCUGAGAUCCAGCCUAAGAAGGACGCCCCUUGGAAAGAGAAGGCGCCCCGGGAGGAGAAGCAGAAGGCCCAGGUGGAGCAGAAAGAAGAGAAGGCGGCCACGACUCCUGCCCCUGAGGAGAUGGACGAAUGAGAACAGGCGCUGGCCGCUGAGCCCAAGGCCAAAGACCCCUUUGCUCACCUGCCCAAGAGUCCCUUUGUGCGGGACGAGUUGAAGCGCAAGUACUCCAACGAGGACACGCUCUCAGUGGCGCUGUCGCAUUUCCAGGAGCACUUUGACAAGGAAGGCUGGUCCCUGUGGUAUGCCGAGUACCACUUCCCCGAGGAGGUGAGCCAGACACGCAUGAGCUGCAACCUCAUCACUGGAAUGUUCCAGCGAUUGGACAAGCUGCAGAAGAAUGCCUUCGCUGGCGUUAUCCUCUUCGGAACCAACAACAGCAGCUAUUCCGGGGCUUGGGUCUUCAGAGGCCAAGAGCUUGUCUUUCCGCUGAGUCCAGAUUGGCAGGUGGACUAUGAGUCGUACACAUGGGGGAAACUGGAUCCAGGCAGUGAGGAGACAAAGAUGCUGGUCCAAGAGGACUUCUCCUGGGAGGGGGCCUUCCAGCAUGUGGGCAAAGCCUUAAACCAG